AUGAAAUUAGUAGAACAACUUUUGAGCCAAACGCAAUUGGAUUAUUUAAAACUUAAGGGCGCAGUUCAUCUUCGAGGAGUUUUUGAAAGGUGGGAAGAGAUUUCGUUGGAUCAUGUUAAUAGUACACGAUUUAAACGGUGGAAAGUAUAUCUUGAAAAAAAUAAUAAUGAGAACUUAAUAAAAUUUCAGAGUUUCUGGAACUGGGAGAAGGCUAUAAGCAGUGUAGAUGUGGCGAAUGAAAUGAAAAAUUUUUAUAAUUGGUUAUCUACAAAAAUUCAUAACUCCAUUGCAACAGCUGAUCAUGUAGAAUGGCGAAGGGCGGAAUUACCACAAGAAUGGACCAGGGGAUGCCAAUCCAGUGAUUUGAUUUCCGUUAGUGGUAUUGGUGUUAUCGAGUGA